CUAGAGUGGUACUGCUUAGCUCAUUGACCUCUUUCUGGGUGGUUGUGUCCAGGCUGAGCAAGGAUGCCCGAGCCUGCAAAGAAAACAGCUUUCACCAAGAAGCCAAAGUCAGCCGAAGUGGUAGCCGGUAGCUCCGUCUCCUUUGAAGCCGAGACUGAGAAACCAGGUGUUAAGGUGAAAUGGCAGAAGAAUAACGCAGACAUCGCUGCUAGUGACAAGUACGCCAUUAAGGCCGAUGGCAAAAACCAUUCACUGACCAUCAACAAUGCAAGCGCCGAAGAUGAAGUAGUUUACUCCGUCAUCGCCGGCACCUCCAAGGUGAAGUUUGAGCUCAAAGUUAAAGAACCAGAAAAAAAAGAAAAUGCCCCGGCACCUGCCCCGGAGGCCCCAGCACCUGCCACUGAGGCAGCAGCACCCGCGCCUGAGGCGCCCGCCCUUGCCGCAGAAGAAAAGACUGAGGCGCCCCCUGCUGAUGCUCCUGCUCCAGAAAAUGAGGCACCACAGGAUUUAAUUGGCCUGUUUAUACAGAGACCGGUGGACGGAGAUGUGACUGUCGGUGAAAACAUAACAUUUACUGCUAAAGUGAAUGGCGCCAACCUCAUGAAGAAACCAGUCGCAAAAUGGUUCAAAGGCAAAUGGAUGGACUUGUCUACCAAAGUUGGCAAGCAUCUGCAGAUCACCGAGACGUACGAUCGGAACACAAAAGUUUAUAGCUUUGAAAUACACAUUAUCAAGGCCAAGACCACCUACGCAGGAGGCUACCGCUGUGAAGUGUCCAGCAAGGACAAAUUUGACAGCUGCAAUUUCAACCUGAAUGUUAAUGAAGCCAAAAAUGCAGGAGACAUCGAUAUCCGUGCCGCAUUUAAGAGGACGAGCAUAGUAGGACCAGCAAGAAGGAGGAUUGGAGACGGAGCAGAGGAAGCUGGAGAGUUGGACUUCAGUGCCCUUCUCAGGAAAAGAAACGUUUUCCACACCCCAAUAGACUUGAAACUGGAGAUUGUGCCCGAUGUGGAUGUUUGGGAGAUCCUUCGUAAAGCCCCACCAUCUGAAUAUGAGAAGAUUGCCUUCCAGUACGGUAUCACUGAUCUGCGUGGCCUGCUGAAACGUCUGAAGAAGAUGAAGAAGGAGGAAAAGAAGAGCGAGGCUUUCCUGAAGAAACUGGAUUCAGCCUACCAAGUUGAUAAGGGUUCAAAGAUGAAGCUGGUUGUGGAAGUGGCCAAUCCUGAUGCAGAGGUAAAAUGGCUGAAAAAUGGCCAGGAGAUUCGUGUCAGUGGAAGCAAGUACAUCUUUGAGAGUAUUGGCAAUAAAAGGAUCCUGACCAUUAACAACUGUUCUCUGGCAGACGAUGCUGCUUAUCAGUGUGUGAUUGGAGAGGAGAAGUGCUUCACUGAAGUGUUUGUCAGAGAGCCCCCCGUUCUGGUUCUGCGACCUCUUGAAGAUCAGGUGGUGACGGUGGGAGAGAGAGUGGAAUUCGAGUGCGAGGUAUCAGAGGAAGGCGCACAGGUGAGAUGGGAGAAGGAUGGAGUGGAGCUGACCAGGGAAGAAACCUUUAAAUACCGCUUUAAGAAAGAUGGAAAGAAGUAUUUCCUUUUUAUCAAUGAGUCUACACUGGAGGACAGUGGCUACUACACCGUCAAGACCAAUGGAGGAGAGUCUGUGGCUGAGCUGAUGGUGCAAGCAAAGCAGCUGGAGGUUCUGCAGGGAGUGGCGGACCUGACCGUCAAGGCCAAGGAGCAGGCCGCCUUCAAGUGUGAGGUGUCCGACGAGACUGUCACUGGAAUAUGGGUGAAGAACGGAAAGGAAGUGGUUCCCAACGACAGGAUCAAGAUCACCCACAUUGGAAGGGUGCACAGACUGACCAUUGACAAUGUGGUGGCCUCAGACGAAGGAGACUAUUCCUUCAUUCCCAAUGGAUUUGCCUUCAAUCUUUCCGCCAAACUGCACUUUAUGGAGGUGAAGAUCGACUUUGUGCCCAGACAAGAGCCACCGAAAAUUAAACUGGAUUGCGGUUCUGGAAAUGCUGACACCAUUAUUGUGGUUGCUGGCAAUAAACUGCGUCUUGAUGUUCCUAUCACCGGAGAUCCGGCGCCAACUGUGAUCUGGAGCAAAGGAGAUAAGGUCAUUCAGCAGAGACCUGUCAGGACUGGCAGUGAGUCUGAGCUGGAGAUGAACGAGGAUGUGGAUCUUAUUUCAGAAACUGACGGCAGAGUUCAUGUGGAGACCCACGCCGACCACUGCGUCUUCAUCAUUGAGGGUGCAGAGAAGUUGGAUGAAGGUGCCUACACCGUAGUAGUGAAGAACCCUGCUGGAGAGGAUACAGCCACUGUCAAUGUCAAAGUCAUUGAGGUCCCAGACCCCCCAGAAUCCCCCAGGAUAUCUAACAUUGGAGAGGACUUUUGUACUGCGCAGUGGGACAUCCCCAAGUAUGAUGGAGGCAUGCCGAUUCUGGGUUACAUCCUGGAGAGGAAGAAGAAGAAAAGCUACCGCUGGAUGAGGCUUAACUAUGACCUGGUGAAGGAACUGUCCUAUGAAUCUAAACGGAUGAUUGAGGGGGUCAUCUAUGAGAUGCGUAUCUAUGCUGUCAAUACCAUCGGUAUGUCUCGCCCCAGCCAGCCCUCGCAGCCAUUCAUGCCAAUUGCUCCAACCAGUGAGCCCACUCAGCUGAUAGUGGACGAUGUCAGUGACACCAGCAUCACACUGAAAUGGAGACCUCCAGAGAGGAUUGGUGCAGGAGGACUGGACGGCUACAUCGUGGAAUACUGCAAGGAGGGUUCCUCAGAAUGGGUACCAGCUCUAAAGGGCCUGACUGAGAGGACCUCAUGUCUGAUAAGAGACCUGCCCACUGGGGAAAGACUCUCUUUCAGGGUCAAGGCCAUCAACCUUGCAGGACCCAGCGAGCCAUGCACCAUGAAGGAGCCUGUGACCAUCCGGGAGAUCAUGCAAAAGCCAAAGAUCUGGCUGCCUCGUUACCUGAGACAGAAAUUUGUGAAGAAGGUUGGCGAGACGGUGAACAUUGUUAUUCCCUUCCAGGGAAAGCCUCGCCCCAUCGUCACCUGGCUGAAGGAUGGGCAACCCAUUGAUCCAAAACAGAUUGGUAUCAGAAACAGUGAAGCCGACACCAUCCUGUUCAUCAGAUCUGCCGAGAGACACCACUCUGGCGAGUACCAAGUUAAGAUCCAGAUUGAGAACUGUGAGGACUCAGCUACCGUCCAUAUCCAGAUUGUAGACAAGCCCAGUGCUCCUCAGAAGUUGAAGAUUGUGGAAGUAUGGGGAUUCAAUGUGGCUCUGGAAUGGGCUCCACCCCAGGAUGACGGAAAUACUGAGAUAACGGGUUACACCAUCCAAAAAGCAGACAAGAAGACCAUGGAAUGGUUCACCGUCUUUGAACACUACAGACGUCUGCACUGUGUAGUGUCCGAUCUGGUCAUGGGCAAUCAGUACCACUUCCGAAUUUUCAGUGAGAACAUGUGUGGACUGAGUGAAAAUCCCAUAACCUCCAAGGACUUUGCAAAUAUACUGAAGACUGGCGCUCAAUACAAACCCCCCAAUUACAAGGAUCACGAGUUUGAGGAGGCUCCUAAAUUUACACAUCCACUUGUGAGCCGCUCUGUAGUUGCCGGCUACAAUGCGACUCUCAGCUGCUCUAUACGUGGGACACCCAGGCCCAAGGUCACUUGGUACAAGAACAAGAUGGACCUGUCAGGAGAGGCUCGUUACAGGUCUUUCAGUAAGCAGGGUGUACUGACCCUAGAAUUGAGGAAGCCUAGCCCCUUCGAUGGUGGCGUCUACUCCUGCAAAGCUGUGAAUGAACAUGGAUCGGCAGAGACUGAAUGCAGACUGGAAGUCCGGGUGCCUCAGUAAAUGACAGGAUGAAGGCUGACAGGU